AUUGCCUUCAGUGCACAUCUGCGAUCCAACAGUUGAAGGCGGCACGUCAUCAAUCUGACAGCUUCACGCCGAAUCAGGUUUCUGCUGCGCUCUGGAGCGAGUGUCAAGUUUAGCGCACUUGCUUCUUUGAGUCUUUGGAGAGCUCGCAACAUCCCGCAACAAAUCUGAGCACUAUGCUGUCCUGCCAAGAUCUGAGCUUUGCAGGAGGGCAGCGCUAUGAGUACUGCGCCUCGACGUCAGCUGAUGGCAGUGUUGACGUUUCCACAACAACGCUGGUCUCCCUCUGGGACGCGGGUCCCCUGGACAACGCUGCCCGCCAGCACGAGCCGCCGCGGCGGGAUUCACUCCUUGAGAGUGGACUGGGACAUCAGCCCACCUGGCAUGACCAACUGUCACCUCAACUUCAACGGAACAAACAGCUCCAAGACACCUUAAUGCAAAGAGAGGAAGAGCUGGCCCGACUGCAAGAAGAGAACAACAAGCUCAAAGAGUUUCUAAACUCGUCAUAUGUGAAGUCUUUGGAGGAAAAAUCUAAGAAACUUCUUUUUAACGGCAAGGUCCCAGAUGUGUCAAGGCACCGGAAACGAAUGCAUGGUGAUUUCCGGAACCUGAGCCAGUUGCUUCACACCAGUGAGGGGAAGCGCACUUGCCGAAACCUCUCUUUGGAGUUUUGCUCUGCAGAAGAGCUAGCAGCCACCCCGCCUCUAGACUCAUGGGUACUAGAGACUCUAGGUCUGCAAGACGAGAACACCAUCAACCCAGAACGCAGUUUGAACACAACUACCUUCAGCCGUCCACUACCUACUGAAGAUCGUUACAGUGUGGACAACACAACUGGCUUCAGUCCUAAUGCUGGAACACAUUGCGAUUACAGCAGCAUUGUAGACUCGAGCAGCAACUGCAGUCUUGACACAUCCAGUGGCUACAGCACUUCUCAGAGCUUGGGUUCGGAUUAUUCAACUCUUGAUCCCUCAGCUCUGUACACCAUUACGUCUACAGGGUCACCGGUCAGCUCUCCACCAGCAUUGACAACCGCUCAACACUUCACACCACCACGAGCUGCUUCUACCCCGUAUCGACCUCAGGAUGUAAGUCCAUACUACAGCACACCAGGCUGUGGUUCCUCCACGUCACCAGGGGGCGACAAACAGCUGUUCUCCACACCUCGUAUGUCCCGUAGCAAGACAGAUUUAGCAUUUAGCAUGUCACUAAGUCCACAAAACAGUGUGAAGACGCACAGUUUCCCUCAAGGACAAGCUUUCACACGCAGAGACGCGCAAGGUGGAUGGAACUUCACCUGGGUGCCCAAACAAUGUUCCUAGAGAGGAUCGUUGGAGGAGAAAGCCCCUUUUUGGGAGUGAUAACCCAAGGUGCCCCAUACUUGCUAGAAACGCAACAACUUAUGUAUGAUAGUACUUUAUCAUUGCAUAGCUUUGUAUAUGAUGUCAUUGUAAAUAUGUAUAGUGUUUUUAUACAUUGUGAUCGAAAGGCUUUGUCUUUGAUGUUAAAUCAUGACUGAAUUCAUUAAAAUCACCAAUUUCUUUCUGAA